AUGUUUCUGGACUCAUUACCUGUUGAGCUAGUCAACUCUAUUUGCCAUCACCUGCAACGAGCAGACUGUUGUUCCCUUCGCUUGUCAUGUAGGGCCUGUUACGCCAAGUCGCGGACAGCGUUUGCGGCUCGGUACAUGAAGCAGAUCAAUGUCCUCACCACAGAAGAAGGCUUUCGACGACUGAAUGACAUUGCCUCUCAUGAUCUCUUUCGAAAGCAGGUGGAAGAAAUAUGCAUUGUUCCGGACGUGUUUCGGUUUCAGUACAAACUAAUUUAUGCGAACCUUGAGGUGGAUGGCGAACACGCAGGCUGUCAGGAAUCAUGGACCUCCAAGGAAGAGAAAGCGAAGUUCAUCACGUACGAGGCUGCCGUUGCGUAUAAUGUCCGGCUUGUGCAAACGGACCUACUUUUCGAGAUCCUCGCGAGUUGCUUCAAGAGAUUCGGCAAACUAAGCGUGGUCGGCAUGGAACGCCCUCCUGUCAAUUCCUUCGGCGGCUUCAAGGCCUACUAUGGCUAUAUUCGAAGCCUUCGACGCAAGCAGACUCAAACACAUUGCCAUUUCCCUUGGAAACCCUAUAGUAUGCGGGCGGUGGUCUUCUCAGCAAUCCUCAAAGCCUUAGCCGCUUCAGACGUCCAGAUCAAAGGCUUGUCCACCUGCAGCGCAGGCAUGCGAAAGCGCCGCUGCGGGGGCUUGGUACUCAAAAGCCUCACGGUACCUGAAAGCCAGCAAAUCGCAUUGUCCUCCAACUUCCGAGACUUGCAGAGCCUCCAUCUCUGCAGUCAUCAUGAGGAAGAAGCCAUGCAUCCCGCGUUCGAGUUCCUCCUCCGUCUGCUUCUCACCACUCCACCGAGCCUUACGGCUCUCGAACUCUCAAGCUGGACUUCGGGACUCGUGCGGGACCCCAAGCUCUUCCUUCAGCUCUCCGAGACCAUCUCCUUCACCCGCUUAUCCAAACUUGAUCUCCACUCGAUCGAUAUCACACAGGCCAGUCUAGCAGCCUUCCUUCGCACCGCCGGCCCGACAUUGCAGACCUUGACCCUCAUGUGGGUCAAUUUCACGGAUCUACUCCGGCCCACCAGUAAUGCGCAGGCCUACAAUGACGAGCUCGCGGGCCUCUGGCGGCGAAUUGACGACACCCUGCGUGAAGCCCUCACCGCGAUCCGAUCCCUGUCGCUGACGGAGAUCACCCACCAGCGACGUAUCCUGCGCCUGGUGGGUCCGAUUGAUGAAGUCGGAAGCAGCAGCAGGAUAAUCGAUGGGGACGAAAUUAAAUGGGCUGCUGAUCAGGAUCAGGUCUCGUUUGCAUCGUGGAUCGGUCAGGUCGGACUCGAUACGAGUGCACCACACUGA